ACUCCAGGUCCUCCAGCGACUCCGGAAAUUGUCAGUGAGCAAUGCAGGCCCAGGAACUUUGGGUUUCCCACUUCGCUAUUUCUUAGCAUACGUGAAUCGCUUCCUAUAUUUUUCAUUACUCACACUUCUGGUGAUAAAACAUUCCAAAAAAGAACAACAGGCCAAUCAGACAGCAAUGGAUGAUUCUCUUGACCUCGAUAUGGGUCCUCUCAGAAAGGCUGAUCAGACAGCAAUGGAUGACACUCCUGACUUCAAUGUGACGACUCGCACUGCCGAAGAAGACAAAAAUGAAAUAAGGCAAAUUAGGCUGGAAGCUGAGAAAGCCUUCAAGAAAAAGGAGCAAGAAAUGGAGCAAAUGCAGAGGGAAUAUGAUAAGAAGAUUCGGGAUCUGCAAAAGACUAUCGAAUUGGAACACGCGGAGGUGCAGAAAAAAUUGGUAGCAAUAAGCCAGCAUGAUCAGGAGAUGGAAGUCUUGAAGGACGAGUUGGAAAAUGCAACAUCCAAGUGUCAAAAGCUGGAAGAGAAACAACAGAUUUCAUCAUCACUGCCAGAGAAGUUGAUGAGCUUUUCCAAGAGUGUGCCCAUGAAGUUGAUUGAAAGGGACUCUAAAAUACCAAUUGUGGUUGAAUACGAAUUCAUUCCACGCAUCAUUUACCCUCUGAAAGGACCUCAAGCGCUCAUCACGUUUGAGAGUGAAGAAGUUGCUCAAAGUGUACUCGCUGCAAAAUGUCACAAUGUAGCGUUCGACGGUUUCAAAAUAGAAAUGAAGGCUCAGUCGCCUUUGCUCGAAGCCAUUCAGGAGUUCAAGAUCUCAACUGAAGUCAGUAGACAGCAGAUUAUUGUGUCAGAAAUUCCAGACACCUUGGACGAAGAACAAAUGAAGGAUAAGUUGGAGUUGCAUUUCUACAAAGCCAAGAAUGGUGGGGGUGAUAUAGAGAAAGUGGAGUACAAUAAGAAGGAACGGACAGCUAUUAUUACGUUUGUGAAGUCCAGUGUUGCAGGUUCAGUUGUCCGGCAAAAGAGGCAAUAUAUUAACAUUGGAAGGGAGGAGAUACGCGUCAAGGUAUCUCCUGUUUUAAAUGGAGAACUUAUGAAUUUCAAGACAUUCACAGCGGUGAGCAGGCGGACCGUACUAUUGACGGGCAUACAGGAGGUGUUGACACAAGAGGAGAUGGAGGACCAACUUGAGAUCCACUUCCAGAAGCCUAGCAAUGGUGGCGGUGAGGUGGAGGACAUCGUGUACAUACCCAAGAGCAAAUGCGCUUUGGUGGGCUUUAUAGCUGACAAGUGACGGAGCUCACACACAGAUACAGUCUGCUCUCCUACAACGCGGUAGUUGCAUUCCUGAAGAACAUCGCGUUAUGAAAAACAUCUCAUUAUAAUAUAUAAUAUAGGGUAAAGCACAGUCCGCGAUAACAUGUGAGAUGCGUAUGCAGGCUGGAGACAUCACAAUAAUAGAUACGUUAAUCAGCCCACUAUAUGGGAUAUGACAUGCAUUCAGGAUUGAUGUUAUCAAUAAAGGAAUCUAUUUAGUUUACUUAUGUUAACGAAAAUAACCUAACAUUUAAUACUCUUUAAUUUUUUUGUGUGAACUUUUCUUGAAGAGUAUAAGAGGUUUGAAGAUCCACAUUGGUUUGGUUUUGCAUAUAGUUUAAUUCGCUAUAUCAAUUACAGUACAGCAAUUUACAUACAGUAUAUAAAAAUAUUACUUCACAUUUCUGUAAAUUUUUCAUGGACGCCAAGAUGAAUACAUUAAACUUGUAAACAUGUGCAUGUUUUAAAUGGAACAUAUAUUAAAGGCACUUGUUUAUACACAUAAUUAGAUUUCCCCAUUAUUGGAUAACAAUGCAAACCACUUAACACAAUUGUAGCAAUGAUAAAAUUCAAAUAUUGCAAAAUUUCCAGUUUAAACAUGUAGCGUUAACCUUUGGCAAAUGUUAAGCACGAGACAGUGCAAACGAAACUCAAUUGCAGUGAACUUCCCCUUUACAGAUGUUGUCAACAUACAAGAUAUUUUCGGAUGGAAUAGGUUGUAUGUUUGCUGUGCAACUGGUGUGGUCUAAUAACACUGCAGGUUCUGUAAUCUCCACAAAAGUGACUUAUUGUUAUACUGUACUUCAACACGGACGAUGUUAUGUCGCUUUGUAAUAGGGAUUAUUUGGCAUUCACAAUCGCGAUUCGAUUCAUGAGUGUAUCCUUGAUUUUUUUUUACAAAAACUGAACACGUUUGUCCAUGACACUAUGGCCUUAUAGGGAAAAUAUAUAAUGGGUGAUGUUUUGGGCAAUUGCCCUUCUUCAAAGAACAUAGGCAGGCUAGAAAGUUAAAAUUGGGAUAUGAGUUCGAGACUACACUACACCAUGGGGCCUGAUGAGUAUUAAACAACUUUGUUUCUGUGAACAGUGCGGUUAAUGAUAGCAGUUCUACUGGCUGCACAGAAUGUGAACCCAUCCAUUUCAGCAUACAAAUCUCACGACAGUGAGCUUAGGUGCAUUGAUCAAUCGAUCAUUGUACCCCAAUCAUGUAACAUGGCGGUAUGUUUACUACUGCAGUACGUAAUAUUCAAUGAGGCAGAGAUUGGGGAAAUUAAAAAUCGGUUCACACUUGAAGCCAUGCCGUGAAACAACAAAAGUGCAAUUAUGCUGCAUUUGUGUUCAUACCACCAUACUGUGUUCACGUGUCGAGGUCACAAAACACAUUAAAAGGCAGUUUUAUACACAUGGAUACUUCUGGAUGUUAAAUUCUUUACGUGGCUCUGAAUAAACAAUCACUUAACUGUGUUUGAGGA